GCCACUCCGCCACUGCCGCUCCAAAAUUACCAAAACACCCCUUCUCACUUAAAAAAAAAAAAAAUGCAAAACCCAUUAUUAAUUAAACUUCCCAAACUGACCCCACCACCACCAUUUCUCAUCAUUGGUAUUAAUAACACAAGAGGACCCAACAUUAGCUUUAUUAGCACGAAACCAAGACCGAGAAGAACAAGAAGAGAGUGUAGUAGAAGAACAAGAACAAGAACGAGUAGUAUCGUUAGGGCAAUGCCUGGUUCUUCAUUCGGCGAAUCUAGCGGAGACGAUAAUGGUCGAUUGAGUAACUUCAAGCUGAACGAGUCUACCUUCUUGGCUUCCCUCAUGCCCAAGAAAGAGAUUGCCGCCGAUCGCUUCAUCGAAUCUCACCCUCACUUCGAUGGCCGCGGCGUCCUCAUCGCCAUCUUCGAUUCUGGGAUAGACCCAGCUGCAGCUGGAUUGCAAGUUACAUCGGACGGGAAGCCGAAAAUACUAGAUGUUCUUGAUUGGUAUUUAUAA